AAUACAAAAAUUAUUGGGAAGAAUGUUAUUUUAGUGCCAUACAGGGCAGAACAUGUACCAAAAUGCAGUGUGCUGAGCAGACCCCUAUCCUAUGGAGCUUAUCUUGAUGCCGUUAGGUAAGAUAUUCAUGCAUUGGACCUAAGCUCCGUGGAAUAUAGAUGGACUUAGCAGUCCUGGAUCGGGAUGCCUCUGAAGAAUCCAGCUAUGUCAUGUCCAACACCUGGAUGGAGAUAUCAUGAAUGGAUGCAAUCUGAAGAGCUUCAGCAUCUCACUGCCUCUGAACCAUUAACACUCGAAGAAGAAUAUUCAAUGCAACAAAGCUGGCUUCAUGAUGCCAACAAAUGCACAUUCAUCAUCAUUGAAAAACAAGAAUUCAAAAGAAGUGGCAAUGAAAUUGGUUCCAUGGUAGGAGAUACAAAUCUGUUUCUUCAAGAGCCUGAAGACAGCCAGUCAGCAGAAAUUGAAAUAAUGAUUGCUGAAGAAAAAGCCAGAGGCAAGAAAUAUGGCUGGGAAGCAACUUUAUUGAUGCUGUGUUAUGGGUGUGAAGUCCUUGGAAUUAAAAAGUUCCAAGCCAAAAUUGGUCUGGACAAUGUUAAAAGCAUAUCCAUGUUCUCCAAGAUGGGAUUUAAUAAAGUUAGUGAAAGUAACAUCUUUCAAGAAGUUACCAUGGAAAGGAUAGUUGACAAUGGCUGGAAGAGCUGGCUCCUAGAACAAACACAAGGCUCAGAACAAGUGAAAGAUUAGUAUCUUUGUCCCAAUAGUUGCAUGUGGAUAGUGACUGAAAACAUGUUAAAACUGCAGUGUUGUCUCAGAAUAGUUGAUUUACAAUAUUUAUUGCUUUUACAAUUAAGAAAUGGGAAGCACAGGUGAGAGUUACAUUUGCAUCACUGAAGGACAAACUUUUUUUAAAUAUUUUAUUGUAUACUGUAUAAGAUAACAAAAGUAUUUUAAUGUAAACUAUAUAAAGUAUGUAAUAGAAAUAAAUGACAAAAAUAUA